AUGAAUCGGCCCAUCACGCGGGUGUUAACCCACGCCGCACUACUGGCAUCUGUAGCUGCGAUUAUUCCUGCGCCUACGGCGUUCUCCAAUACUGCAGAUCAGAUUGCGCCCGCCAUCACCCCUUCCCCAGUUCAGAAUGACCCGUCCAGAGUCCUUGGCCGAAACAUCCUGAGUGAUGUUCAAUCGGAUGUCGACAGCGUACUUUCCGGUCUUGGGUCCGGUCUGCCCUCCUGGGUGGCAUCGGGAGUCCCCAAUUUCUUCCAAGGCUUCCCCACCGGCGACGCUGUUGUGAGCUCUCUGGGGUUGAAUCAUGAGCAAUUGGAUGCCUUGCCCACCAACGUCCUGAACAUCGACCCAUAUGCCAAUUGGACCAACUCAGGCUGGAACGUGCGAUUCCACGGGAAUGUCUAUAAGCAGCCAAACACUUCUGUGUCGGACUUGAACAAGCUCGCAGAUGUUUUUCUCGUCAAUACCAGUAUCUCGGACCUGCCCAAAUCAGAGCAGGUCCAGGCACGCAACCUGACAGCGGAGAUUUUCGUGGUCCAACAGCCUCAUGUCGCUGUGAAUACGAUCCACCUGGAACCUGCUGAGAGCCAGGGCGCGAGCGGACAGCCAGGAGGUGGAGGAUCCGCCAACACGACAGGAGGCACUCAAGACGUCACUUUGCCGUAUAAUACCACCGUAGAGGGUGAUUUCGAUACCUUCGUUCCCAUCAAAAGCAAUGGAUUGACGGCAGGCAACAAGACCUCCGCGAUCCAGAGACUCAAUACCCAGGUGGAGGGCGCCAGCAUCGGCAACUCGACCGCGUACCUGGUGCCACCGACGGGGCUCACGGUCAUUUCGGAUAUCGACGACAUUCUGCGGGUCACAAAGAUCUAUGAGCCCAAGCAGGGCUUGCUGAAUUCCUUUGCUCGCCCAUUUACGCCAUGGGAGAACAUGCCGGACAUAUACCGAAACUGGUCCACCAGCCUUCCCGAUCUUCAUUUCCAUUACUUGACUACCACCCCUGAGCAAGUCACUCGGAAUUACAUGCAAUUCAUCUACACCAAUUAUCCCGGCGGGUCCUUCGAUACGCGCCCCUUAAACUUCAGUGAUGUCUCGGCUACGCUCUCCAUUCGGAAAUUCCUACUGCAAAAGAUCUUUGAAACCUUCCCCGAACGCAAGUUCAUUCUGGUUGCUGAUACCAGUAACAGUGAUGUGAUGAAGGACUACCCAGAGAUGGCCACCGAAUUUCCGGGCCAGGUUCAGUGCAUUCUCCUGCGCAACACAUCUGGAACUGACACUGGAGACAAAUUUCCCUACGACACGUCGGGAUUCAAGAACCUCAAUCAAUCCAAUUACAUGUUCUUCUUGCACCCCGACGAUCUGACCAACUUGGAUAUUGGCAGUGGCCAAUGUUACAAUCGCUCCAUCCCCCAGAAUCUGACGUUCGGAUACCAGGGGCUUCCGUUCGGCGUGGGUGACCACCCAACAUCACUCAAUGGGUCUGCCAACCACACGGCAAAGGGUGGCGCUAUUGGGCUUUCGCAAGGAAUGACGGGCACAAGCAGCUUGGUGACCGUGGCCGCCAUUGUGACCGUGGCAUUCUUGUUCUUGUAA